AUGGCACAGUGCAGGGGUUCCUCCUUCUUCUGGUGGGCGUUAUCGUGGGCCACCUACUUUACCUCCCGUCGUGCAGUCGCGACCGGCAUCACCGCGUCGGGCGGAAGUAUCGGCGCAGUGAUCUAUCCCAUCAUGUUCCACAAACUAAUCAACCGGGUCGGGUUUGGCUGGACGAUGCACAUCAUCGCCUUUGUGGCCCUGGCAGGUCUGAUCGUAUCGUUACUGGUGCUGAGGCGACGACUGCCUCCACCCAAGCAGAGCCGAUCAAUCCUCGACCUCAGCGCGCUGAAAGAACCACCUUUGGUUAGUUACUUCACCUAUUACCUCCACAACGACAGUAGUCUAGCCUUCUACACUUUCUCCGGGUUAAACGCCGCCUCAGUCCUGGGACGCAUCACCCCCGGUCUGCUGGCCGACCGCUUGGGCGGACUUAAUACCCUCGUCCCCAUCAGUCUCCUAGCGAGUAUCCUGGAAUUCGUGUGA